AUGUCCAAGAUAUUCUCUGCUGAAGAAGUGGCCAAGCACAACACGUCCGACAGCUGUUGGGUGGUGCUUUACGGCAAAGUGUACGAUGUGACCGAAUUCCUCCCUUCCCACCCUGGCGGCUCCAAGAUCAUUGUAAAACUUUCCGGCAAAGAUGCGACGGACGAGUACGAUCCCAUACACCCGCCGGGUAUCCUCGAGGAGAACCUCAAGCCCGAAAAGUGCCUGGGCACGGUAGACCCCGAGUCACUUGCGCUGCUACAACCUCAACCUGCAAAGGCAGAAUCUGCCAAGCCCAAGGAGGGCCCGCCCAGGCUCGAGACGCUGCUCAACAUUGACGAGAUUGAGGAGGCCGCCACAAAGAUUAUCCCCAAGAAGGCGUGGGCGUACUACUUCUCAGCUGCUGACGACCUCUGGACCAAGGGCAACAAUGGCCAUGCAUAUAGGCAGAUCCUUUUGCGGCCUCGCGUCUUCGUCGACUGCACACAGGUUGACACCUCCACAACUUUGCUCGGCAAUCACGUAGGGCUUCCGCUGUUUGUGGCGCCGGCUGCCAUGGCAAGACUUGCCCACCCUGACGGAGAGCGAGGCAUUGCGAGGGCAGCAGCCAGGUUCAAUGCAAUGCAGUGCGUUUCGAAUAAUGCGUCCAUGACCCCGGAGCAGAUCAUUGAGGGUUCCCCUGAGGGCCAGGUCUUUGGGUGGCAGCUCUACGUACAGAACGACAGGGCCAAGAGCGAAGCCAUGCUGAAACGCAUCAACGCCAUGAGGGACCGCUACAAGUACAUCACAUUGACGCUGGACGCACCGUGGCCUGGAAAGCGUGAGCUCGAUGAGAAGCAGCAAUUUGAGGGCUCAUUCGAGGUCGAGUCCGAGUCGAACGCAAAGCAAGAUGAUGCGAAGCGGCCAGGCGGCGGAGGUGUCGGGCAGCAGCUGUUCUUCGGCACGGCAGCGGACCUGGAAUGGAAGACAACUUUGCCGUGGCUAGCCCAGCACACUGACCUGCCCAUCGUGUUGAAGGGGCUGCAGACGCAUGAGGAUGCUUACCUGGCGGCUCAGUACGCACCGCAGGUUAAGGCUAUCAUCUUAUCCAACCAUGGCGGUCGUGCUCUCGAUACGGCACCGCCUGCCGUUCAUACGCUGCUGGAGAUCCGCAAAUACUGCCCCGAAGUCUUUGACAAGAUCGAAGUCUGGGUCGACGGCGGCAUCAAGCGCGGUACCGACAUUGUCAAGGCUCUCUGCUUGGGUGCGAAGGCGGUGGGUAUUGGCCGCGCUGCUCUGUUCGGUCUCGGCGCCGGAGUCCUCAAAGCCGAGAUGGAGACAUGCAUGAGGUUGCUCGGAGCAAAGAGCAUCAGUGAUCUGGGGCCCAAAUUUAUCAACACCCGCGCGGUAGAGAGAGAAAUCUACGACGGCGAGUCUGGCAUCGAGAAUAAGGUUAGCCUGUGGGUGAAGUCAAAGCUCUAG